AUGGAUCUAAUGGUGGAAGCCACACCACGAAGAGUGUUUUCCAAUGCACAUACAUAUCACAUUAAUUCAAUAUCUGUGAACAGCGACUAUGAAACAUACAUGUCAGCAGAUGAUCUAAGGAUAAACCUAUGGAAUCUAGAGAUAACAAAUCGAAGUUUUAACAUUGUGGAUAUUAAACCCACCAACAUGGAAGAACUUACAGAAGUGAUAACAGCUGCCGAAUUUCACCCGCAUCAUUGCAAUACAUUUGUAUAUAGCAGCAGUAAAGGAACAAUCCGGCUCUGUGACAUGAGAUCUUCAGCUCUUUGUGACAAACAUUCAAAGUUAUUUGAAGAGCCAGAAGAUCCCAGCAACAGAUCGUUUUUUUCCGAAAUCAUCUCUUCCAUUUCAGAUGUAAAGUUUAACCAUAGUGGCCGGUAUAUCAUGACCCGAGACUACCUUACUGUCAAAGUCUGGGAUCUGAACAUGGAGAACAGACCAAUAGAGACAUACCAGGUCCAUGAUUACCUCCGCAGCAAGCUAUGUUCACUUUAUGAGAAUGACUGCAUCUUUGACAAAUUUGAAUGUGUAUGGAAUGGUUCAGACAGCGUCAUCAUGACUGGCUCGUACAACAAUUUCUUCAGAAUGUUUGACCGCAACACCAAACGUGAUGUCACACUGGAAGCCUCUCGAGAGAACAGCAAGCCUAGAGCAAUUCUCAAGCCACGCAAAGUUUGUGUAGGAGGCAAACGCAGAAAAGAUGAAAUUAGCGUGGAUAGCCUGGACUUUAGCAAAAAAAUUCUCCACACUGCUUGGCACCCUUCAGAAAACAUCAUAGCCGUGGCAGCCACAAAUAAUCUGUAUAUAUUUCAGGACAAGGUUAACUAG